UACGGGUCUUUUACAUUUCAUUAAAAUUUCAUCUCUAGCGAGGAAUAUAAUUGCCGUUGUCAUCAGACUUGCUCAAGGUGGAGCUGCGUAGUGCGGCGCAGACAGCGUCGCGAUGCGUGAAUGGUUUCGGCUAGCGUGUCGGCAGACGAUCACGCUUCUAGUUCGUUACGGAUUGCAAUAGCCUGGGACUAAUUAGCAAGGAAGUUUACAGUUUUAGCUAGAAAUCCCGGAAUAAGUGUCACAGUUAACGCUCCUCGGAUAAAGCAACACACUUAGAUGGAUAGAUGUUCAUAUAACAAAUGUUAUUUGUACUGUAGCUCUUCUUCAACGGUAUACAAUAGUCGUUCUACACGGAAAAAAUGUAUACAUAUCAAGCAAACAAAACUAGAAAAUCGGAAAAAUGGGCUCCCGUUUGUUAUCAGAAAGCUAGGCACGAUCGCUAUCGUUGUGCACUGUUUACCUUCCAGAAUUAAGGCGCCCUGUGUGAAAAUGUGUUUACGCAUGUGAACAUGUCUCAGUUCAGAGGCAUUUCCCCGAAAUGCUGUUUUUGAAUUUCAGUACGGUAAACUCGCCUAAGAGACAAAAACAAAAUGUACCUUUCCGUGAGGAGUAGAACAAAUAUCAUUAUGUAUAUAAAGCGCUGAUUGCGAGUGGAACAAAUCAGUAACAUUUCAGCAUUCAGUUUAGUUGAGUUGUUAAUCAAGAUUGUGAUAUAGUCACAAAAAAAGAUGAAGUUUCUUUCAUGUUUGCUAACCAUAUCGUGUGCGACAAUAGUUUUCGGACAAUACUAUCGGCCCCCGAUAAUACAGCCAAAUGUGGAGGAGUCGCAAUUUGCUUAUCAACUGAAGAGCUUCCGCCAGUCCCUGGAUGAGUGCGCACAGUAUUUGGAUCUAACCAAGGACAACGCUGUUGAACGUCUGCUCUCAGCUAACUAUCUUACGACUGACAAAGAUCUGAAAUGUUUGAUACGUUGUGCUGGUAUCAACGCCGGUUGGUGGAAUGAAUCCGCUAGUAUUGGAGUGCAAGGCCCAGUCAUGGAAAGUUACUUCCAACCAAGUGCUAAAGAUACACACUAUGCUCGGCGUACCGAAGAAUGUAUCAAAGCCAAGCUAGCACCCUGUCGGGAUGAUUGCCACAAAGCGUAUGAGGCAUUCUUGUGCUAUUACCAUCAGUACGGAGAUCUUAAGCGUUCCGAGGAGUACGUACCGCUACAGCCGCUCGAGGCUGUUCAGGCUGCCAUUGAUUGUAUCAACGUUUUGCGUAUCCCGAAGCACCUUAUUCAGGAAUACAGCAACGGUGUGUUUGCGGAAGUGCAUCAAACCAAGUGCCUGUACCGUUGCCAAUAUUUAGCUGAAGGAUUGUAUGAUCCCCAGUUAGGAUUGAAUCUAACUAGAAUUUAUAUUCGAAAUCGCGCCGUUCCGGACAGGGAGAUUCUAAGUGAACGCAGUCGUAGUUGUGUGGAGUAUGCACUACGAGAUAACCGUGAUGAGUGUAGUCGUGUGUAUCGUGCAAGAAACUGUCUGGCCUCAUUUGGAGUCCAGAAUCAAACUAGUGAUAUAUUCAAACAAGCUGCUUUGAAUAUUCUGGCUCAGCAGCAGGAUGAAGCUCAAUCCAUACCACGGUACAGUGAGCGGUAUGGUGCUCAGUCGUACAACCAACCACAAUCGCGAUACGUCACGCAACCUGAACCAGAGAGCAAAUGUAGAUAUAACUGUAACAAUUAGUAGAAAUAGUUUAUU